AUGGCGCCUCCAAAGAAAAGUCAUGUAUGGAAGUUUUUUACGAAAAUUGAGGGAAAUGAAAACCUUGUAAAAUGCAAAAUUUGCCAAAAAACGAUUAAAUCUUGUGGCAACACAUCAAACUUGCUUAGUCGCGUAAAAAAUAUCCACAAGGCUGCCUUUUUGGAUAUGAAUAAAGAAUAUUCACAAGUGUUGAGCAAUGUCAACUUACUAAAUAUCCACAGUGAAACAAUUACAAAAACAAAUGAAGCAGACUCUGAACCUGCUGUUCCCAGCCCUGAACCACUGCCAUCAAUAAGUACAGCUGUGUCAAAAUAUAUCCAUGUCGAUAAUCCUGUACCUCCGCCAUUAAAACGGCAAAAGUCGAUUGAUGAAAGUUUCAAAAAUAUAUCUGCUUAUUCGGAAAGCGGCAAUAAAACUUUGCAAGUCAAUAAUGCCCUCAUCUACAUGAUUUGCAAAGAUAAUCAACCUUUCACGAUUGUAGAAAAUGACGGAUUUCGUAAUAUUAUGAAAAUAACUGCACCGCAUUACAAGCUUCCAAGUCACUUUGGUAUAUGUACCGAAUUUUUUUCUAUUACUCUUGGAGUAUAUCAGUCAUUUGACCGUAACACUUCGAAUCAUAUUGCUGAGAUGCUUCUGAACUCUUGUUCUGAAUGGGACAUUGACGUUGAUAAAGUUUCGGCUGUAGUAACGGAUAACGCAGCAUCUAUGAUUAAGGCGGUCGAUCUGGCCUUUGGUAAAAAACACAUACCGUGUUUUGCGCACACUUUAAAUUUAGUUGCGUUAAAUGCGAUACAACACUGUCCAGAAUUACAAAAUCUAAUAACUAAGCUCAAGACCAUUGUAACAUGGUUCAAACAAAGUAAUACAGCAAGCAAUGAAUUAAGAAAAGCCACAGAAAAAGAAACAAAGUUAAUUCAAGAAGUUUCAACAAGAUGGAACAGCACUUAUUAUAUGAUUGAGAGAUUUUUAGAGUUACGCAUUGUAAUCAAUGAUAUAAUAUUUCGUCAUAGAACAGCGCCACCUAUGCUCAAUGCAUCAGAACUGUCAGUUCUUUCUUCUGUGUUACUAGUCUUAAGACCGCUCGAAGCUGCUACUAAAGAAAUUUCUGGAGACAGAAACUGCACAAGCAGCAAGGUGAUUCCGUUAGUUCAUUGCUUAGUUUUAAAAAUCCAACCUCUCCAAUUGGAAGACUCACUUGCCAAUGAAUUGAAAUCGUUUGUGCUUAAUGAAAUUGAAAAAAGAAUGGGCGCUAUCGAAAGAGUAACUCCACUCGCCAUAGCAACUGUAUUGGAUCCCAGGUAUAAAAAAAUUCACUUCAGAGACGCACUUGCUUGCUCUACAGCAGUCGCAAAAAUUAAAGACUUGAUGAAAAAUACUACACAAAAUGUCGAAAUGUCCGAAUCAGAUUCUGAUCAAUCUGAAAAACAAGAAGAGAGUUUUUCCUUAUGGGAUCAUCAUCACAAACUAGUAAGCAAGAGUUGGAAAUCAUCACAAUCAGAUGAUGCAAUUUCUGAUGAAUUAUCGAUCUACUUGCGUAGUCCAGUAUCAGGAAGGCUCAAUGAGAAUCCUUUAGAGAUUUGGCAAGAUCUAAAAAUUCAAUUUCCUAAGCUUUAUAAGAUUGCCUUCAAAUACUUAACUAUUGUCGGAACUUCUGUUCCAUCCGAACGUUUAUUUUCAAAGGCUGCUCAAAUAGUCAAUCAACAAAGAAAUAGAAUGAAAGCUAUUGAAACUCAGAAAACUGAUGUUAAAGUCUCUCAUGAGGCUACUACUCUAGCCGAACAGCUUAAAGAUUUUAGCUUCAUAGUGUCAUUGGUCGUUUGGUAUGAUAUACUUUUUCAAAUUAAUAUUGUUAGUAAAUCUCUGCAAUUAACAGACACAGAUCUCGGUAAACGCACAGAACUGUUGGGAAAAUGCUGCACUUUCUUGGAAGAAUAUAGAAAUACAGGCUUCAAAAGCGCCAUUUUAACGGCGAAGGAAUUGGCUGAAGAACUGGAAAUUGAACCUGUGUUUAAAGCCACGACAAGAAUUCGAUAUGUUAAGCGUCAAGCUGGUGAAACUGCCCGCGAUGAACCUAUAGCUUCUCCGGAAAAAAUAAUUGAGAUUGAACUUUUCAACUGUCUUUUGGACACUACAUUAAUUUCAGUCAAUGAAAGAUUUGAACAGUUAAAUGAGUACUCGGAAUAUUGGUCUUUUUUGUACAAUAUAAAACAGAUUCCGGUAAAACCUGACCUUGUCAAAUUCUGUGGUGAUCUCCAAUUGAAAUUAACUAUAGACACUAAAUCAGAUAUAGAUGGGUGUAUGUUGUGUGAUGAACUCAUAAGUCUGAAAUCUCUUUUGCCUGAUCUCGUUUUGUUUUAA